AUGGACGGAGGGAUAUUGUUGGUGUGUUCGUAUGGUUUAGUCAAUGUUCUUAUUCGAUUGAAUCAGGAUUCGUCAUUUGUACAGAUUGUUGAUGAUAUUUGUAGGAAGUUUGAUGGAUUGAUACCAGGAAGUAGUGUUGGUGCGAGGGUUAAUUAUGAUGUGGUGGAUUCCACAGAGGAUGGGGUACUUUCCGGAGAUGCUAGUUGGAAUGGUUGCGUGGAUGACCAAAUGGACUUAUUACCAACAUACUGUCCGAACAGAUCAAAGACAUUUUUGUCGGCGCAAUGGGCAUAUGGGAUUACCCAUGUGGGACAAUGUUUUAAUGGUAGAGCAACUGAAUUCCGUGAAGUUCUAUGUAAGUAUGCCGUUGAAUGUGGAUUUCAAUUCAAGUACAUUAAAAAUGAUUCCAUUCGAAUUAUAGUAGUGUGUAAGUUUGCGGUGUCAACAGAUUGUUUGUGGUCAAUUCAUGCGAGGAUGUUGCCGUCAACUGGGGUGUUAUGUAUUAAGAGGUUCGAUAGUGUGCAUACUUGUGGUGCUGCUGUACGUACUUGUAGGAACCCUCGUACGGGGUCUGAUUUGGUGUCUGCUGUUGUUGCGGAUCGAGUGCGCGAUCAGCCAUUGACGCGUCCUACCGAUGUUGUACUUGACUUGAAAAACGAGUAUGGUUUGGACAUUAGUUACCGGGUGCCAUGGUUGGGUGUUGAGAAAGCGAGGGGCGAAGUGUACGGGGAUCACGCUACGUCUUUCGAUCAACUCAGGUGGAAUAGCGAUUUCGUUAUGCAAAAAAACCCAAACAGUUACAUUAACCUUGAGUUUGACCAAAAAACCGGGAGGUUUGUUAGGUAUUUUAUAUCAUUUCGCGCUGGUAUAGAUGGGUUCAAUCAUUGUCGACCUUUGUUGGUUUUGGAUGGAACGUUUUUGAAAGGCAGGUUCAAAGGUAAUUUGCUUGCGGCUACUGCUAAAGACGCCAACCAAGGAUUGUUUCCGGUAGCCUUUGAUAUUGUUGAUUCCGAGAAUUCAUCCAAUUGGGAAUGGUUUCUUCGUAAUUUGAAAGAAGUUGUUGGGGGCGGGCGGACAUUGACUUUCGUAUCUGACCGUCACGUCGGAUUAAUACACUCUAUAGCAAUCAUUUUCCUUUCGGCGCAUCAUGCAUUUUGUUUGUUGCAACUCCAAAUGAACUUGCGAGAUCAAAUGAAAUAUGUUAAUGCAUCGCAUAAAAUUGGGUUGAUGCGCAAGUUGCGAGAAUGUGCCUACGCGCCCACUGUUACUUGCUUUAAUGAGAAAUUGAAGGUAUUGAAGAAGUCCAACCCAGCUGUGAUUGAAGAUUUUCUUAAAGACUUGCACCCAAAACACUGGUCUAAUGCGUAUUUCAGUGGCCGACGGUACGGGGAGAUGUGCUCAAACGCUGCCGAAUCUUUCAACAACUGGGUCGGCCAGGCCCGUCAUCUUCCCAUUACUAGAUUGGUUGAUAUGAUAAGGGGUCAAAUCAUGGAGCAGAUGUCGAAGCGCAGAGUUAAAUGCACUAAAUGGGCCGGUGUAAUAUGA